GGCCCUCCAUCUCGUGGGGGAAGACCGCAGUAGUGGAAUGGUGGCAGAAACCGAGUGCGAAGUGCAAAGCGAAGGGAAGAAUGAAAGCACUUGUCCGCAUUUCUGUGUGUCUUUAGCCCAAUACUCCUUCCCUAUCCACCCCCUCUCAGUCUCAAGAUGGGUCUGAAAGGGCAAUGGUGUUUUCCUUGGUCUGGGCCCCGGAGACAUCGAGGGAACCAAAGGGGGACAGCCCUGACUUUGGCCUCCCACCCAGACUCUAAUCAGGCCAGGGAGCACCCCCUGCCUGGAGGAGGACCCACUCUAGGAGAAGGUGCCUACUUCAGCAGCAAAGCUCGACUCUCCUUCCGUCACCAGCUGCAUGCCACAACCUCAGCCAAUGAUUCUACCAACUGAAGUCUGGUGGGGAUCUGCAACUCCUAGGUAGUGGGCAGUAGUGGGCAAAUCUGGCCCUACAUGUACCACUUCUUAGUAAAUCUAUUCAGUGGUA